CCGGUGAGUCAUUCAAAUGACGAUGACGGAUAAAAAUUUUCCAAGCGAACUAAUAAAACUCAAGGGAAGACAGCCGCUACCACAGAACCAUCAAAAUCACAUCAACAAUAUGACUGACACAAGUCCUCGAUCAUUCAAAAAGGAAACAUCGCAAAAGUCGGAAAACAAUACAGGACCCUUCAUUGUAUUAGGCCUGAUAUUUUUAACAUCCUUAGUGGCACUAGCCUUUGUUUACUGGAGUUUUCCCAAGCUGAGACCUGAAGACAAGGCAAGGAUAAAACUUCCAAGAGACAUGGAAGAUGCAAAAGGAUUAGGAAGAGCAUUGUCCAAUUACACAGAUGAAUAUUUUACUCAAGUUCUUCUAGGCUUUGUUGUAAUUUAUAUUUUCUUGCAAACAUUUGCUAUACCAGGAUCAAUAUUUCUCAGUAUUUUAUCAGGAUUUUUAUUCCCUUUUCCUUUAGCUCUAUUUUUUGUUUGUCUGUGUUCCAGUGUAGGUGCAUCAUUCUGUUAUUUAUUGUUUUACCUGGUUGGUCGAAGGCUGGUAAAACAUUAUAUGCCAGAGAGAGUAGAUCAGUGGUGUGAACAGGUUAACCAUCAUCGAGACAACCUCCUAAGCUACAUUAUAUUCUUGCGCAUCACUCCUUUUCUUCCCAAUUGGUUCAUCAACAUUUCUUCUCCAGUGAUAGGUGUCCCCCUUUUGCCAUUUUUUGUCGGCACUUUUGUUGGUGUUGCUCCACCAUCUUUUGGUUUUAUCAGUGCAGGAGUUGAACUGUAUGUUUUAACAACCACAGGGGAUGUAAUGUCAUUCAAGUCCAUCACGAUUGUGGUUGUGUCUGCUCUUCUGUCAUUAGCUCCAGUGAUAUUCAAAAGACAACUUAGGGCAAAGAUAGAAUAAAAUAAAUAAUUUUUAUAAUA